CAACUUUUGACCCGGGCCGAUUCGAUUCCCAAACGAGGGAAAGAAAAAGGAAAGAGAACGUUAUCCCCAAAUCCCCUCCCUCUAAAAUCCACAGUCCUCUUCUACAUCAAACCCCUCCCCAGAAUUUUAUCCACAGAAUUGGAGCAGCGACAGCCAUGGCUCCUCUCCCUGUCUCAGUCUCUAUCCUCACCACUGAAACACCUCUCCCCUCGUCGCCAUUAUUCAAAGCUCCGUCCUUCGUCGAUCGAACCGAGCGCCUCCUCAAAUCGCUGGGAGCCCUCGCCUCCGAGCACCCAUUGCUGAAGCCUUUACUGUCCUUCCACUCCCAAUUCCGAGACUUAUUUAAGGUCGAUUUCAGAAUCCCUAGAGUUCCAUUGUCAAGCUCGGUGUCAGCCCAUAAUUUUGCAGCGAUACUGCCUGGUGACUCAGUAGCAGGGUUGGUUGUGGCAAAUGGACUCAACAACUUCUUGAAUCUAUACAACACUGUUCUUGUGGUUAGGCUGGUCCUUACUUGGUUUCCCAACUCUCCUCCAGCCAUUGUCAACCCUCUCAGCACAAUUUGUGAUCCCUAUCUGAACAUAUUCCGUGGAAUUAUCCCACCACUCGGAGGACUGGAUCUCUCCCCCAUUUUGGCUUUCCUGGCUAACGCCUUAACUAGCACCGCAGCUGCCUUCCUGGCUGAGCUACCAGCAUCUCAACAGCAAGCUUUAUCACCUGUAUUUCAAAAUCUUACUGCAACGCAGGAGAAAUGGAGGAAGAGGUUAAGCUCCAGGAACUCUAAGAACUAAGAAGAGGAGAUCCCAUUGUAGAGAGGACAAACUUGCGUUCACAUUUUGCUGAAGUCCAAAUCUCUCAGUAGAAAAUCUGCGGUUGAUGAUUUUUUGUAUCUAAUAUCUGUUGAUUAAUUAAUACUAAGCUUGUUACUCAGUGAAUAUCUUUUCCUCUUGCAAAUUUAAUCCUCACUUUUACUAUGGUCUAUUACAUUUGAUCUGAAGGCAUUUAUGUUCUUAGUCGAUUUCAUUUGAAUAGACUGUAUUGUGAAGCAAA